AUGAGCACCAAACUUCAAAGUCCGGACACAUCAGCAUGCUGUGGGUCCAACCUUCAAAAGUACUCUAUCUCGCAGCAUAGUUCAAAUGAGAACGACGUUGAAGCAAUUCUAAUUAAGGGGAUGAAUGACUUAUCAUUCGAUGAAUUGCAACGUGAACAAGAAGAACUCCAUGGAGUUGCAGCUAAGAUUGACGCCACAACUGAUGUGUUGCUCCAGUCUCUCGAGGAACAUCUGAAUCGGAUAAAGAAAGGAACUGUUCUUGAAUCAGCAGAAGCCAAAAAUCCAUCAUCUGUCCACAGGCGUGACUUUAAGAUGGCCUUUAUCCGAGGCAACCGGAACGAUCCAAAGUCAGCAGCAGAGCAAAUGAUCAGAUACUACGACUUGAAGCAAAAGCUGUUUGGCCAAGAGAAACUGACUCGAGAUAUCACAUUGCAGGAUUUGAAUGAAGAGGAUAUGGAAUCAUUGAUGGCCGGCCAUGUGCAACUUGGCAGUGCCCCUGACCGUUCCGGGCGUUCGAUAGCCUGGGCGUUUCCAGGACUGAGAACAGAUGCGAGUCCACUCCGGCCUAACUUCUACAUUGGCAUGGAUAUAAUAUCAUUGAUGGAGGAUGUGAGCCGUGGUACUGUCAUCGUGUCUUAUCAGGUCGGCGAUGAAUUCAAAGAAAAAGGCAAUCCCAAUUUUGGUGAAGCCAUGGAGGCGGCGUUAGCUAUGCCAUGCAACAUUGCAGCUUAUCAUUUCUGCUUCUCAAGUCGUGUAGAGGCAUGGAUAGCUCAAACUGCGGUUGCGGUAAUGCCGCCGCAUCUCCGUGCCAAAACUAAAAUCCAUUAUGGUAGCCACCAAGAGUGCCUGUACCAUCUGUCAAGCUAUGGAAUACCGCGAGAAGCUUUUCCUUUAACGCCAAAUUAUGAAAUGGACUUGACCUAUCAUAGGUUCUGGCUUCAACAGUGCAUCGAGAAAGAGCAAAUGAAUCAGUCCCUCCAUGCCAACGAUUCAUCCAGUGCAAAGCGCGAAGACAGAAAUAUUCAUUUUCUGAAAAAGAAUGUGAAAGGCGAAACGCCGACAGAAAAUGAUUUCUUAUGCGUAGGUAGAAAGGUCAAUGCAAAAGGGAACGAGCGGCUGAUGUCUCUGGCGGUCAUGAAUGCUGAUGCCUAUGAUACUGGAAGUCUCAUGAAAAAAAGGAUGAUUAUCAGCUCGAUGAUGGAAGAAAUCUGGCGGAACGGUGGAAGGUUCUUGAAAUUGGAUACCACUCAAGAUCAAGGUUGGAUAAAAGUGGACGACGUUGAAAUGCGCGAAAAGAUCGGCCAGACUUUCCGCAAUAUGCGUUACCGUCGAGCAAUGAUGCAAUCGAAAGCAGCAUUGAAUGGAGCAAACAGCGGCAGAAACGGCAAGCCAGUCACAAUAUCUCGAGCUCAUGCAGGGCUGUCAGCAUCGACAAAGGAGGAGUUGACAAGCGGAGCUUCGGCCGUUCACGAGGCUAUCAUUGUGAACGAAUGCAAAGACGAAGAUGUUCUAUUCGGCAAUUUUAGGGACCACGCAGGCAAUCGAAGACUGCGAGACUUGGUGGAAUCUAUUGCGUCUCAGUAUGAUACCGCUAGUCGGGGAGACAAAAGGCGACUGGCAGAUCAGAUACUGGCUCAAGUGAAAGAGAGCAGAGGCCGGUUCUUGAAGCCAUUGGACGACGGGCGGUGGGAGAUUGUUUCCGACAGAGUUGCAUCACAGAAGAUUGGGUACCACUUUCGCAACCUUCGAAGAAAGCAGUGGAGAUAG